CUGCCAAGUGAGCUCCGCCUCUUCCUCUGACUGUCAAACAGACACCAGUCACACAGUGACAGCUUGGACAGUGGGGAGACUGUCGGUCUGUUCGUCCACUUUCAGCUCUCCCUGCCCGGCUGACACUAUUUAAAGUUAACAGGGGUUUCAGCCAGGAUCAUGGCACCAAAGAGAAGAUCUUCUGCUACCAAGGCAGGUGGCAAGAAGGUGAAACAGGAACCUGAGACACCAAAGCCCAAGGAUGCCUUCACCUCUGCAAAAGAGGCCCUUCUUGCUGCAGGGACACAGGUAAAAGGCAAGAGGAAGGUGGAUGAGUACGUCACGGCGUUCACUGGAGAGGUAUACAAGGACUAUGACUGCAUGCUCAAUCAGACCAACAUUGGGAAUAACAAUAAUAAGUUUUAUGUCAUUCAAGUUCUUAAAAAUAACACUGAUUGCUGUACAUGGAAUAGAUGGGGCAGAGUGGGGGAACGCGGGCAAAUGAAACUUACAAGGUUUGAUACUCUUGAGAAUGCUGUUAAGGACUUUGAGAAAAAGUUUAAGGACAAGACCAAGAACAACUGGAGCGAUCGGUCGGACUUUGUGUCUCACCAGGGGAAGUACACCCUGAUCGAGGUGGACGGAGAGCAGGAUGCUGAGGUCAAGGUGGACACUGUCGAUGGAAAGCAUGUCAGUAAAAAUGUCCAAGCUUGCACCCUUGACAACCCUACGAAGAAGCUCAUAGAGCUAAUUUUCAGCAAUGACAUGUUCAAGGAGGCGAUGGAAUGUAUGAACCUAGACAUCAAGAAGAUGCCUUUGGGCAAGCUCAGUAAGAUUCAAAUUGCAAAGGGCUUUGAAGUGUUGGAGGAGAUCGAGGCAGCCAUUAACCAAAAAAGCAGAAACAACUGUCUGAAAGAACUUUCCUCAAAGUUCUUUACCACGAUACCACACAACUUUGGCCGGAACAGACCGCCAAUCAUCGACGACCAAGAGAUUGUGGAGAAAAAGAAAGAGAUGCUUAUGGUGCUGGCUGACAUCGAGCUUGCCCAGACUCUGAAGUCAGAGACUGAAAAGGCUCAGGAAGAGAUGAUAGAGACAGUGACAGUUCCUCACCCCCUAGACCAGGACUACACUUCUCUCAAAUGCAGCCUCACUCUAAUGGACAAGGAGAGAGAAACAUUCAAGAUCAUAGAAAAAUACCUGGAAGUGACUUCAGGUGGCUAUUCUAAACCAAAAAUUGUCAAUGUUUGGGAAGUCGAUCGUGAGACAGAGGGAGAGCGAUUUAGCGAGAAUGAUGGUCUGGAGAACCGUCGCCUGCUGUGGCAUGGUACAAACAUAGCGGUGGUGGCAGCUAUCCUGAAGAGCGGUCUCAGAAUAAUGCCCCAAUCAGGAGGCCGUGUUGGUAGCGGUAUCUAUUUUGCAUCUGAAAACAGCAAGUCUGCAUGUUACGUGCGAACCUCUAAAAAUACUGGAGUGAUGUUUUUGAGCGAGGUAGCCCUCGGCAAGGAAUACACCAUCACCAGAGACAACUCCUCCUUGAAGAAGGCCCCUGCAGGCUUUGAUAGUGUGGUGGCACGAGGAUCAGUGGAGCCAGAUCCAUCCAAGGACAUCUUCAUCACCCUGGAGGGAAAGAAGAUUGCUGUGCCUCAGGGUAAGCCCAUAGAUCAGCCUCAGUUCUCAGACAGCAACUUCAGCAACAGUGAAUAUCUCAUCUACAAAGAGAGCCAGUGUCGCCUUCGCUACCUGCUGGAGCUUGACAUGAAGUAAUUAUUCAACUCAAGCAAAGAAGCAGGUCUUCUGAAUUAGAAAAGUUCCUCAUUACCUCUAUAUUUCUAAAAAGCUUGGCUAUGCUGUUUUCUUAUAAUAAUAUGGUUAUUGUCCUUAUUUUAUUACCGUUAUUGUGCAUAUGUCCCUACUAUGAUUCAUGAAUGACUCGUUCUUCUCUGUGCCUUAUAUUUUGCACACUGUAAAACUGGCCUGAGUGUGAUGGACUGCACUUCAGUUACACUUCUGGUUUGAGAAGCUUACCUUUUAAAUAUUGCAUUGUUUAAUCUAAGUGGUAACGCUCAUAUAAACCUGUCCCUCUUUGAUGUGUACUGUAGGAGGACUUUGCCACAUGCCUUUUCAGUUAUAAACAUUUUGACUAAUGUUAUAUAGUAGAGCAGAAAUAAAGCUGAUACUCUAUGCAUAUAUAUGUUUACAGGCAGAAGUAUGAAGUGCAAUUUGUGGCUAAUGUUCAAACACUCUUACAAAUAGAAAAGAAAGCGUCUGAAAGUGCUUUAGCUAUGCAAAGUAAUCUACUGUAAGAUGUAAGUCAUGAAUAGCUUGGCCAUAUUCCUUGCCCAGUAAGUCUUCUAGCUGUAUGUAACAAAUGCCACUCCCUUUGGAAUGUAAUUGCCUCUGCAUUUUUGCACAUUACAUUACAUUACUUGAACCAAUGAUUAGUUAAUAAACUAAAGUGCCCCUUCCA